CUGACUGGUUGUGGUUUUUAUUUUGGUGUGUCUGUGCUGUUCUCCACAUCUGUUUAUUGUUUAGAGAUUUGCAUUUAAAGUGUCGGCCACCGCAAACCACUCACAAUGGGCUGCACCACUGCCUGUAUGAAGUGUUUUCUUAACAUACUCACUACUCUGAAUGCGCUCUUUGGCCUUCUGCUGAUAGGGAUAGCCUCAAUGAGUAUGGGCCAAGCACCUACCACAUAUAUAAUCUAUUUGUAUGCCUUUGGUGGUAUGCUCUUUGUAUCAUCUAUUAUCGGCUGCUGUGGCAUCUGCCGGGAGAGUGUGUGGUUGACCGCAACGUAUGGCUUUAUAUUGUUGGUCAUAAUGAUGGUGCAACUUCUUAGCGUCUUUGCCACUAUUUUCGAUGAGGAGUACAUCAAGAAAUAUGCAGCUGAGAAAGUUCAAAAUAGCUGGAAUUUGGAGUUAGUGCAACCAGGUGCCAUGAAUUAUAUAGAAACCAUGUAUAUGUGCUGCGGACGAAAUGAGCCCGAAGAUCAUUUUACCAUUAAGGGAGGUGUAGAAUGGCCCAGCAGUUGCUAUCCGGGUAACAAUACUAGUUUGCCACACUAUGGCAAAGGUUGCACCAAGGCUGUUACGGAUGAGUUACUUGUUUUGUAUAACUACUCCAGUGAUACCAGAUGGGUGUCGUUUGUCUCUACAGCUCUGAUGUUCAUCUGUACUUUCUGUUUGAUGAGACGUUUCCAGAACGACCGAAGACGCUAUCGUUAUUGAAUGUGAUCUUCCAUUUUUUAUUUAACAAGCUCAAUCAACGAAUUUAUUUUGGGUUUAAUAAACUUUACAAUAAAAACGAAAA